GGGGGCCACACAUAUAGGAAAACCGGAGUCUUUACAGAAAAACAUUAAAGAGAGUACAUAAAUGUAUGUAUUUACCCGCACAAUAAAACAAAUGUAAUAGCAACAACAAAAAAAGAGAUAUUCGCCUGGAAGUCCAUUUAAACUCUUUUUUUUUAUCUCCGUUGUUUUCAUAAGACGAUUUAUCCAUUAAUUUAACCUGUGGAGAAAAUAUCGACCUCUUUCUGUCUAAAAUAAUCUGAAGAUUAGAGAUUAUGAAUAAAUAUUAUAAAAUAAUUAAAUUACAGGAAACUUGGUUAAAUGGGUAAAACAGUCCAAUACUUUUCUCCCACAGCUGUACCGUGUCAGAUGUUUUACUCUCGGUUUUUUAUCCUGUUAUUGAUCACUGAUUUGAUUAUCGAUCCCUGAGUCCGUUCAGCUUCCAUGUUUUUGUUGAGACGUCACCAAACAGGAAGUGAGCUCGUUGUUCUCCAUGGUCUCUCCGUAGCUGCAGAGCAGGAGGCUCGCGGACCUAAACUACUACUCCUCCUCCUCUUCCUCCUCGUCCUCGCGGACCAUGGACGGGUAAGCCCGGGAUAUUCAUCCCGAACCUUUCCCGAACAUUCCUGCUUCCCCCCUUCCCUCCCCUCCUUCCUCCCUUCCCUCCCCUUCUUCCUCCCUGUCGUUUCCUUGGUGACAAAACCGCACCUGUGCGUCAACCCCCCCGUUCCUGUUCGUUAUUUUUGUUUAUUAAAAUAUUUCCCGCCACAGACCCCUCUUUCCCGUGUCUUGUGCCGCUUUUUUCGCGCUCUCAGAGAAACAUGAUUUGUCGUGUUUUUUCGUUUAGUUUUGGUUGAAAGUGACGCGAGCGAAGAGUGACGACUCAGCGGCGAGUUUGAUUGGCUGAAAUCCCGCGAUAAUUGAGUGUUCACGUCCAGGGGCGUUCCUAAGCUGUAUGAGGACUUUAUUAGGGUUACGGAUCUGUGGCGUUAAUUUCACAGAUGUGAAAAUUAAGGCUGAAAAGAACAGGUACAGGUGUCUAUGUCAAAGUGUAAAUGAAAGAUUUAAAUAAGUAAUAGAGAUGCACCGAUUGCAAUAUGCUUGGCCGAUACCGAUUUCCGGUUUUAAAGGAGGUCUGACCUGCCAAAACCGUUUUUUCCGAUACCGAUUUUCUAUCUAAGAAAUAUUUAUAAUCAUAUAAUAGACACCAUAUUUGUUUGGCUUGAGUACCCAUUCCCAAUUUUAAUUUAAGUACCCCUCUCCCAGACAACAUUUUGCUUAACUGCAAUUAAAAGCACAACUAAUGGUAGGCUAUAUGCUAUCAUAACCCCCCUUUUCAAGAAUAAAAUCUCACAAAUAAGAAAUAGAGUGAGAGUUUCAACAGUGCCUCCUGAGCAGAUUUAUUUUCUACACUGACCAUAACAUUCAGUCCAGUUUACAGGUCAAUAACUAACUUACAUUCAAACAGCAUUCAAAAACGUCCCAGCAUUUGCCUGGUACAAUGUAAUUUAUUGACUACCCCUCCAGUACCUCUCUCAAACGACUCUGGCAGCGCUGUGUCAGAAAAGUACCGCCUACUUGGUAGUUUGUACCAAUCACCGCCUCAAGGUCCUUACACACCGGCGAAUUUGCGGAGCGAAGCGAAAAAGCGAGACGAAAAUUGCGAAUAUUCGCCGGUCCGAAAAAUCGCUUUCGCCUAUACACACCGGCCGCGAAGCGAAUAUGCGUAUAUUUUUUGCAAAGCGAAUUAAUAAAGUCGCUUUGCGGCACGGACAUGACACAUGACAUCUGUCUCCUAAGGAAGACGAGAGUGUCAUCUUGUGAGAAAACUACUUCAUUAGUAAUUCGAAAGAGUUUUGGAUGCACCUCAGCCGUCUUUCUCUGCGUUUUCAUAAUCUCAAAAUUCUCCCUCUCCUCCAGCCGUAUGGGUCUGUGAUGUCAUCAACAACAUGACUUUUGAUUGGCCAGAGGUCUAGCAGGUCCAGAUAUUCGCCUGCGAAUAUCCGAAAAAUUCGACACAAGAGCGAAAAAAUAAAAGCGGCUUUUCCCCCCGAGGAAAAAUCGCCGCCGGUGUGGAAGCUUGCAUUGACUUUAUGCUGUUUUUAAAAAAGGCGAAUAAUUCGCUUGGCGAAUUCUCGCCUGGUGUGUAAGGACCCUAAGACAUUUGGAACAACAAACUUAAUACGCCACUUGGAAAAGAAGCACCCGGGCUUGUUUAGCAAAUAUAAGGAAUACACUGCCGCUAAGAGAAGGGAUGCGGCAGAGUCGCAGCGACCACAACAGCCCUCCGACGUGGCUCCUAUGUUCGACAUCAGCACUGAAAAGUCCAAAGCCACCACUAGGAAAAUAAUGGAGUUCGUGGCACUGGAGGACCAGCCAUUUAGCGUAGUACAGGAUAAAGGCUUCGUAAAUCUGAUGAAACACCUGAGUCCAUGGUACAAAUUACCAAGUAGGGUGUUUCAUCAGAUUUACGAAGCCUUUAUCCUGUACUACGCUAAACGGCUGGUCCUCCAUUACGACAGUGACCGGCCGGUCACCGGUUGGGGCCGGUUGGAUAUAAAACCGGCUUUUUAAAUCGGCGGCCGAUUAAUCGGUGCAUCUCUAAUAAGUAACACUUCACCUCAUCAAAUAACAUGAUACAGCUCUAAGGGAUCACAACAGAGAAACAAAUUCACUGAUUAAAUGAAGUUCAAAGAAAAUAUGAUAAAGCUGAGGAGAUAUGGUGGUCUGUCCCUCAUGAUUCAGGUAUGAGGGUGAAUCUGCUCUAGUAUGCUGGGUGUCGCUACCUGAUCUGUCCCAGAGGCAAAUUUUAUUUUGUAGGAUGGUAGGGGAAGAUCCCGCCCUCCUUCGCCUCUGAUUGGCUCCGAUUGGUUAUUCCUUAUGGCUGUGAAAUGUCAUCAUCUGUCGGGUUAGCAGAUUUAGAAGUGCGAUAAUGUUCUGUUCGAUGUACAGAGCCGAAAGCCCGCGGCUUGAGCGUGUGAUGACGUUUCCAGCUUUUCUAGCCAAUCAGAGGCAAAGGAGGCAGGACCUACCCCUACCAUCCUACAAAAAAAAAUCACAUCCCUGAAACCCGAUUUGUACUGCGCAUAUGCGAAACGAACGUCACGUCCUCUAUCUUUGCCAUCUUUGCGGCAGCUUCAGUGGGCUCGCUUCAGUUUAUUGAUGCUUCAGUUUAUAACAGCCACACACUUUUCUUUUCUCCUGAACGGAGUUCUUCCCUUGACUGAAGCAGAGUGCCGAAAGUCAAGAGAAUUGCGCCCAGUUUUACGAUUAAAGGUUCCUACUCCAGCUAAACUGUAAAAUUGUAAAGUAGUUCUAAAUGGCUUGAAUAAAUGUGAAUAUUUCAGUGUUGAAUUUGAGACGCUGUAUAAAAACGCUGUAUAAAUUCAUUGUCCAUAAUGUGUCGGCUUCUUGUUAAUAAAUUUAAUUUAUAAAAAUAAAUGAAAUAAAUCCCCCCUUGAUACUUUGAAAAGUCAGAGAACCAUAAUUUUGACCAGGGGGUGGCGCUCUCUGUGGCCCAAAAUGUCUCACCGUUCUGGGCAGGAGCUCUGGCAAAUACCUUGGCAUUAGCUCUAGAGCCUCCUGCUUGCUAGCCUGUCACAUUGCCAGCUGUUUUCUGAAUUGAUAAGUAGUUUUUAUUUGCACUUGCACAGUACGGAUCGGGUAGGUUAGUAACAACUAUCUGCCAUAAAUUGCAUUGAAAUACGAAGAGAGGAAGUGACAUUCGUUUCACACUUGCACAGUAUACAUCGGGUUUCUGGGACGAAUCAGGUAGCGACAGCUCUUAAGUCUACAGUUCUAGAAUUCGGGUUUCUGGGAGUCUUUGAAGUCUCUUUUUAUCGUUGUUUAUUCCCUCUUUAGAGACAUUCAUGAUACCCGGGUUGUUCUUUUCCUGCAGGAAUCAGACUCGACCUUAUAUCUCAGCGGCUCUGCGAACAUGAGCUCAUCUAACCUGUCCACAUGUGAGUCCGUCUCACCGUCUUUGAAGAUUGGAAGUUUCAUAUUAAAAUCAUAAAAUCCUUGAAUGUUUAAUCUGCAGAAAAGUCUGUUAGCAUGAACUGUCUCUGUCUUUGUUUCUGUUCACAGUGGAUGGCACUGAUAGGCUGUGUGUUUCUGAGCACGCUCAGUGUGUCCCAUCUCGGGUCCUUCACUUGCGCCAGCUGCCUGUCAACGUCUCUGAACAGGAAGUGCUUGCUUUGGCCCUUCCUUUUGGUCGAGUUAGUAAGCUGUUAACACUGAGGGCCAAAAACCAGGUGACUGCUAAAGCUAAGCACUAACGGCUAACAGCUAACGGCUAACAGCUAUGUAACACGUUUAAAGUUUAAAUAUCUGCCUUAUCGUGUUUUUAGGUGUUUCUAGAAAUGGCAUCAGAGGAAGCUGCUGUUGCCAUGGUGAACUACUACACCUCAGCCCCGCCCACUAUCAGGAGCCAGCCAGUCUUCGUCCAGUACUCCAGCCACCUUGAGCUCAAGACAGACAAUCUGACCAGUCAGGUAAUGUGCAGCAGGCUCAGCCCCGCCCACCUUCCCUCAUUAACUGAAUCCAGCUCAUUGGAGGUGUUCCUGUGGAGCUGAUCUGGUUUUAAUGGUUCAGAGCUCAGUCCUGGUUUGGCCCUCUGGUUUCAGUGUGCAUCGUAUUAACACCGGUCUCUGGUUCGAUUCCCGGCCUGUGCUGCAUGCGUCCCUUCCUCUCUCUCAGCCCCCUUCCUUACCCAUCUCUCUUUGGUUGUCCAUCUGUCCAAAAUAAGAGAAAGACCGAAUCCUUUUUUAACGUGUUUGUUUCCAGAGUAAAGUGUUUUGACCAAAUAAAACACAAAUAUUAAUCCUAUUCGUUCACUCCAAAUCCUUCAAAAUCAAAAGUCUGUGUUUGAUUUCCCCUAAAGGAGAAGAAAAGGUCAACUUUGUUUUCUUUUGUUGACAGAGGGCCGUGCUGCAGGCCAUCAGUGCAGGGCAUUCUGGGAGUAUUGCCUCCUCAGGGGGAGAGGGGCGGGGCUUGGCUCCAGGUCAGAGUCCUGUCCUGAGGAUCAUUGUGGAGAAUUUGUUUUACCCUGUGACUCUGGAGGUGCUGCAGCAGGUCAGAGGUCACCCUGAAGGAGCUGGAAUAUAAAUGUUUCAUUAAUUCAUUUAUACUUUAACGGGCUGUAGUUUGUUUGAUGUUGUAUAAAGUUGUUUUCUGUUUGGUUGUGUUUUUUUUGUGCGUGCGUGUGUGUGUGUGUGUGUGUGUGUGUGUGUGUGUGUGUGUGUGUGUGUGUGUGUGUGUGUGUGUGUGUGUGUGUGUGUGUGUGUGUGUGGUUUCAGAUCUUCAGUAAGUUCGGCUCAGUUUUGAAAAUUAUCACAUUCACCAGAAACAAUCAGUUUCAAGCUUUACUGCAGUUCAGCGACACCAUACAUGCUCAACACGCCAAGACAGUGAGUCUCUCACACACACAUACACACACACAGAUUGAAACUGAUGGAACUAACUGUAAAACUAAGAAAUAACCCCCAAUUUCCAUCGCAGCUGGAACGGCGUCAAUUUUCGCCAUACGCCAAUUCCUACCGGAUGCGUUUGUGAGGCAAAUUUCGUGGAGGAUUAUGGACAGCGGUAAUCACGAGAACUCACAAGAACCCGCAGACUCUCGUUCAAUCGUGCGAUAACGAGUUGUCGCUAUAAAGACGGACACAGAGACAUAUAAGCAGUAGAUUGUGUCCUUCCAGAGGAGGAAAUCUACUUGUAGACUUCUAGAAUCAACAUCUCCUCAUCCAUGGUGUCAUCAGGGUGAAAUGACAUCAAAAACCUUUCACUUUUAGUCUCCGCCCGUUUGCAUGGUGUGAAAUACGAUCCUCCUGAAACACGGAGUGUUUUAUUUUGAAAAGAAGCCGGCUGUUUUAUUUUGUGUCCGUGCUCAACUUCCUUUCCAGCAUGGGUUAAUCUGUGCUGAAUUUAUCCUGCAUGCUCCGGUGUCUGGAAAAAACAGAACUCUUGUGAUCAGCUGUGGAGUCUGGCGGUCCGCAGAGGAACGGAAAGCAGCCGGUGGAAAUUGACACGUUAACUUGAAUGGUUACGAUCAGCUACGAUUGGAGGAUACGACCUUUUAGUAGACGUUCAGGAUGAAGUGGAAAUUGGGGGUUAGAGGUAAUUUCCCUGCUGCUCUCUGCGCACGGACAACGGUUAUUGUCUUUGUGUGUCUUUCAGUCUCUGGACGGUCAGAACAUCUAUAACGGCUGCUGCACACUGAAGAUCGACUUCUCCAAACUGAGCACGCUCAACGUGAAGUACAACAACGACAAGAGCCGCGACUUCACCCGUGCCGACCUCCCCUCUGGAGAGCUGGACCCCACCGCUGCGUUCGGUGAGGACAGGACAUGCUAAUGCUAACACCCAUCAGUGAUACAUCUUCAGGGUUCAACUCAGCCAGGUGUCAGUUUGCAGAGAUGAUAGAUCUGACUGUUGUCUACAUUAGAGGAGCUGAACCUGCGGAGAUGUUUGAAAAAUGACCUGCUGAGGUACUGAUGAGGAUGAUCUUUGUGUUUCAGGUGUAGCUCUGCCUCCAUAUGGAGCUGCAGCAUUCCCCCCCACCUUCCACCAACACACAGGUGAGACCAACAAUCUAGAAUAGUCUAUAAGAAUAAAGUUUAGGAUUGAAUCUGAAGCUGAGUGUUCUUUAAAUAAAGUUUAAAUAAAGUUUGGUCACUUAGCGUUAUCGAUGGCGGCCGUCCCGGGCUCUUUGGUGUCUCCUCCCCGUGUGGCCCUGCAGGUGGCACCUCCUCCUGUUCACGCUGUGCUUCUGGUGUCCAACCUGAACCCAGAGGUCAGAGGUCACUCCCUCACACAUACAUAGGCUGUGUCCGAAAUGGCAUACUACUCGUACUACUCAUACUAACCCCGCCCCCGAAUUGAGUAGGCAGUGCGUUCACACUGUACAGUGUGCGAAUUUUGGGUAUGCCAGAAAUGCCCGGAUGUAUACUCAAUCGGCUUCGAUUUGUGAGUAUGGAGCGGAGCUUGCUUCACGUACUGCUUCUGCCCCGGAAUGCAUUGCGCACUUCAGCUGGCAAUAUAGCCCUCUUUCCCGAGGCUGAAAAGAAAUAGAUGGCAUGUGACUGCAAUAAUAAUUAUAUAUAUAUAAAUAGAUAAACAAUAUUUAUUCAGUAUACAUUACACAAUUUUUUUUAUCAUUUAAUCUUAUAUUUAUCUUUUUACCAGAUUUAUUUGUAUUUUAAAUUAGGAUUGUAGUUAAUGUUAUGUUUUUAACUAUUCGUAUGAAUUGACUUUAUUUAUUUAAGUGUCUAUUAAAGAUGUAUUUAUUACAACAAGUUUGAGCAUCUUCUCAUCUUUGAAUGCAUCAUCAAAGUGGUCACUCGUAUUAAGCACAGACCUCUGAUUAAUAAAAAUUAUUAUUGGUAGAGAGCACAUGGUUCAGAAUACACAAACGGGGGAGAUUCCAGUUGACAAUGUAUACAGUAUAUGAGCUUUACUAAUUCUUAUUUGUGGUUGAAAAUCCAUUAGGAAGUACAUAGCUGCCCUGAAGAAAAGACGCCUUUGUCUUCUUGCAUGGCGGCGCUUCAGCCUACACCAGGCACAACUACCUGAUGGUUUCUGAAAUGAUCAUUGUACAUGAAAAGAAUGUAGUCGGGAAAUGAUUUAUUUGCCAAGGAAUAACCGAACAAGGUCAUAAUAAUUAUGUUGUGUGUUGGUCAUUUUGCAGCCCUAUGCUGCUCAUCACACGCCCAGCAGGUGGUGUAUAGCAUUAUCACCAUGGAUACACAGGUGUUUGUGUUAUUUUUUUCAUCCACUGCCGCUCGGUUUGUGUCGCGUAGUUAUGGAUUAUGAAAACACUUCGCAAUAAUUUGGAAACGUGAAGGGGGAGCUGCUGCUGCCCGGUGUUUACGGUACGUAGACGCAAACACCCACCAAGCGGACGCUUCGGUCUCCGAAAACGCCGAGACAAAUUUACAAACAGCCGCUAUUUCAAACAACUGGGCUCAUAAUCGUGAUGUAAACACUUACUUUCUCGCUAGAAAAAAUAUCACUGAAUGAAUUUAUAUAAUUUGUCCGGAAUGCAGUCGUUUUGUGUAGCUUGUGGUAGGACUAUUUAAAUUUUCCCGGCGCUGCGAUCGGCCGGCAUGAAAUGCAUUCUGGGGUAUUUAGUAUGCAUCUGUAUGUAAACGCUCGGGCAGCGGCGGCAUACUCAAAUCAUCUUUGAGUAUUCAGUAUGCAGUAUGUACUGAUUGAGUAGGUAAGUAGAUUGAGUGGGCAGUAUGCCAUUUCGGACACAGUCAUACAUACAUACAGACAGUAAGUGACCAAUCAGAGCGCUGCUUUCUAACGGCGGUGACUGUGUGUCUCUGCAGAGCGUGUCUCCCCACUGCCUCUUCAUCCUGUUUGGUGAGAAACUCUCUGAUUGUCUCUGAACAAGUUUAAUAGGACGCUUCAGGGUUUACACUCAGAGCUAUUUUCAACACUGUUACUACUCUGUAAUUGUUAUAAUAAUAAUAAUAAUAAUUAUUAUUAUUGUUAUUAUUAAUGUUGUUGUUUUUGUAUGACCACGUUAUUACCGCCAUAAACCCACUUACUCCUCAGGUGUUGACUGACUUUAAUCCAUAUAAAAUUCUGAUCCUGUGGUCUGUUCAAAUGUCGAUUAUUUAAUUUUAUUCUUAAAAUAAUUUUAUGUCUUUAUAUUCACUCCUCUAUUUCUUGUAGUGCAGAGACUUUGAUUCAAUGAUAAUUUAUCCUUAUUAUUGAAAUACUGUCUUUUUUUUUACAGCAAGACUUUUUAACUUUAUCGUUAGUGUUUGUAUUAAUCAGACCUCAUUCUGGUAAAAUUAGGAUUUCACUCCUUUAAAAAUAUCCUGAAUUCUCAUUUUUGUCCACAUUAAGAAAAAAAAACAAUUUAGACUUCGAGAUUAAAGUCAUUAAUUUAUGAGAAUAAGUCAUUACUAACAAGAAUAAAGUCGUAAUCAACUACUACUAUACUUAUGAUAAUGUGGUGCUGAUGUUCCAAAAGAUGAUGUAAAAAAAAAGUAUCUCCUUGUUUGAGAAACAUAUAUUGAAGUAAAUUUUCAUGAAAUGCUCCAUGGUUCUAAUUUCGGCAACUGCCAUCUUAAACAACAGGUUAGAAUAUAAGGACUUUAUUACGACUUUACACUUGUAAAUUAAUUACUUUAAUCUCAAAAUCCAAAAUUUUUUUUUAAUUUGGCCCUUAUACUCCAUCGAAGUUUCUCAAUCUGAUCUUCAUACUUAAUUAUAAAAUAAUGACCUUUGAACCAUAGAAAGAAUUAAAUAGCUUUAUUCUUAUUUUGUAAAGAUGAAUUCAGAUCACGCGAAAACGCUGCAUAAAGGGGUACUCUGUAACUAUCUACAACACAAAAAUUCAAAAGUUAGAAGGAGUCUGCUCUGCACAAUCAGAAAUAAGCUGUGUGUGUGUGUGUGUGUGUGUGUUUUCAGGUGUUUACGGGGACGUUCAGAGAGUUAAAAUCCUCUUCAACAAAAAGGAAAACGCUCUCGUUCAGAUGAGCGAUGCCACUCAGGCUCAACUCGGUCUGACUCAAGUACCGCUUUAAUUACAUGCUUUAAUUCUGAAAGCUUCUAUUCUGAAAGUUUUUAUUCUUAAAGCUUUUAUUCUGAAAGUUUUUAUUUUUAAAGCUUUUUUUCUAAAAGUUUUUAUUCUGAAAGUUUUUAGUCUGAAAACUUUUAUUCUGAAAGUUUUCAUUCUAAGACCUUUAUUCUGAAAGUUUUUAUUCUUAAUGCUUUUAUUCUGAAAGUUUUUAUUUUGAAAGUUUUUAUUCUGAAAACUUUUAUUCUGAGAGUUUUCAUUCUGAAAGCUUUUAUUCUGAAAGUUUUUAUACUAAAAAGCUUUUAUUCUGAAAGUUUUUAUUCUGAGUUUAAGAUGUUUGAUCAGCUGAUCAUUAUUUUUAUUGAUUAUAUUUUUUUCUCUGUGACAGCCAUGAGUCACCUGAACGGCCAGCGUCUUCAUGGUAACGUGAUUAGGGUGAUGCUGUCCAAACACCCAGUGGUGCAGCUGCCUCGUGGGGGGGUGGGGCAAGAGGAACAGGUGCUGACCCGUGACUUCUCAGGCUCCGCCCUCCACCGCUUCAAAAAGCCUGGAUCCAAAAAUUUUAACAACAUUUUCCCUCCGUCAGCGACACUCCACCUCUCCAACAUCCCGUAAGGUUCAUGUCACCGCAGCAUCCGUUUGCUUUGUGACGCUCUAAAGUUAUUCAUGUUUCUGUUUUGCCCUCACAGCUCAUCAGCCAGCGAGGAGGACCUCAAGGACUUAUUCUCCUCCAAUGGAUUCACCGUCAACGCCUUUAAGUUUUUUCAGUGAGUAAUAACAAAAAAGUCCUCCAGAAAUCUUGAGGAUCCUCAACACUGUUGCCAGGCCCCCAUCACUCACUUGACUCAGUGUGUUUUAAAACCACAACUCCAAACCUGUUAGAGACAGGACGGCCCAAUCCCAAACCACCCCUUACACACUCGCCCUAUACACUCUCCCUCCAUUUGCGUGUUCCCGCGGAGGCUCCGCCAUAUUGAAGGCCGUCCCUAACCACAGAGUGCCGAGGGCGAGUGGACUGUUCAGCCCUUCAAUAGCGAGUCUGCACCAAUGCUCACUCACGACGGGAUUUGCAGGCAAAAAAAAGAGGAGUAGGAAACAACAUACACAUAUAAGUUCUGUAUGUGUCCACCUUUGUCUUACUGACAAAAAAAAAUCCCCAAAGACGUGGUUUGGAAAGAUCAAACGGAAGUCGGAAAUCUUACUCUGUGCUGAGGUUUGAUUUGAUUGUGCAGGCACAUGUCAAAUGUUGAAGGGGUUCAAAGACAUAUGGAAUCACUAACAAUCAGAAGUACAAUUUCGCUCCUGUCACUGUAAUGGUUGCUGGAUUUAUGAUUUUAGUGGGAGGAUGAAGACACGCGACAGCCAGUGCGGCUCAGAACUGUACAUGAUGUCCCUUUACUAAGAAAAUAAACAAUGCCUUGCACAGGACGCGUCUUCAUGUUGCUAUGGCGAUGAAUCUUUCAGUUUUCCGGUGGAGUGAGGAGGGCGUCCCAUACCCCCCUGUCUUGUUUAUGUCCUCCCAUUUUAAUUGAGGCGUACUCCACAGCUGCAAGUAUAACUUCAUGACAAGGGACACUCAGUGAAGGGCGAGUGUGUAGGGGGCGGUUUGGGAUUGGGCCGAAACCAGCCCUGACCUUCUGAGGUCACGUGUUUGAUAAUGUCGCUUCUCCUUCCCUGCAGGAAGGACAGGAAGAUGGCGCUGAUGCAGCUGACGUCUGUGGAGGAAGCCAUCGAGGCUCUGAUCGCUCUGCACGACCACCAGCUGGACCACAACCAGCACCUCCGAGUCUCCUUCUCCAAGUCCACCAUCUGACCCGAGUCUCCUUCUCCAAGUCCACCAUCUGACCCAAGUCUCCUUCUCCAAGUCCACCAUCUGACCCGAGUCUGACCCAGGUCUCCUUCUUUAUCAGGUGGGAACAAAUGGACCAAUAAGAGAGCUUUCUGUGCCUACAAACUCUGACAUCACAGUAACAAAUGAUGACAGGGAUGUUUCCAUGGUUACAGAGGUUACAUAGCACAUUCCUGAACAGACCUGGUGCUGCAUUAUGGGUAACUGAGUCCAAAAAGUUGAUCCUAAAUCAGAAAAAGAAUUCAGGAAAAAAAAGGAUUUUCAGAAUAAAACUGCCUCAUAAAAAAACAAGGAAACCUGAAGGUCCAUAUUAAAGACUUUUAAGGAAAACUCGGCAUGGAUCUGAACCUGGACUUGUAAAGUUGUUUAUUCAGAUAAUUUUUCACUGAAACUUUGGAUCAAAGUCACUUUGAUUUGUUUUUUAUUUCUUAUUGUUGGAGUUUAAAUAGUUUAAAAAACUGCCUUUUCAUAAAUCUAAAAAAAAAAAAAAAACAUCUGAAAACCAUUUGGUCCAAAAAUGUUGAUCUGAGAGGAUUUCAGGGAGUCGAAAAGAUCUGAAAUAUUCAGAGACGUGACUUUUCCACCAGCACGUCACGCUUCAGGUUUACCAUCUGACAUGAUUGUUAGCAUAAGUAUUAUUAUUAAAGUAAUAAUAAUAUUAUUUAUAAUAACAAUGAUUAUUACUAUUAUUGUUUUUAUAAAUAUAAUUAUCCUAUUUAGAAUUUUAAUAAUAUUCAUAAUAACAAUAACAAUUAUUAUUGUAAUAUUUUUUCUACUCGUAAUAACAAUAAUAAUAUUAUUAGUUAUUGUUUUUGUAUUUAUAAUAAUUAUAAAAUAAUAGUUAUCUGCAUUAUUAUUAUUGUAAUUAUUUUUAUUAUAAUUAUUAUCAUUAUUAUUUUUUAUCUUUUUUUUAUGUUACUGAAAACUCCUUCUGUGCCUUAUUUCUCUGGGCGGUUUUGCUGGUUACUGUUUUUUUCCUGGUGUCCAGUUUGAGGUUUGAUGACGGGUCACAUGAUCGUUUUUUUUUUCUUCUGUUGGUAUAUUUUUCUCUUUUUGAUGUUUGUAUUUUAUCUGUGAAGGAUUUUAAAUAAUGAAUGUAUUUAUACUGUAAAGGCUCUGAUGUCCUGCCCAUCUGCAGUACCUGUGUGAGUGUAUUUAUCCGUGUGUGUGUGUGUGUGUGCUGAGCUGUGAUUGGUUCAUCUCCAAAUGUUCUGGUUCGUGUUUCCGGUUCCAAUCUCCGAUCUUAUUUGUUUGAGUUUUUUUGAUGUUGGUGAUUUUCUUCAAGAAAACAAGCCACAGAAAACAGGAAGUUGUCAAUCGCCAGUUGGCCUUCUGACCUAAUAUGGUGAAGGUCAUUGAAGGUGAGCGAAGGAGGCGGAGCCUUCAUGUUAGUCCUGUUAAAGAGACUCUUCAGGGUUGGUAAACGUCUGUUUAAACAUUUCUAGUUUAACAUCGCUUAUUAGGCCUUUAAAAAGGGGGCUGGGUCAAACCAAGCCAAAUUUUUCGUGCCUUUUCUUUGGACCAACUCAUUCUUGUGUAAUGACAUCACUUCCUGUUAAAAUGGCUUUCCAGAUCUUGGUCUCACUGGUUUUCUGGUGCUCGUGACUUUAAAUUUAAAAUGAGGCGUUUAUGUUUUCAUGUCUUCUGAAUGUAACCACCGUUAAAACCCAUGCCCCGCCCACCCACAUCAGGGCCCCACCCACUGCUUCAUCAUUCCUUUUUGUUUUUAUUUUAUUCAGUCUCUCAAUAUGACAAAAAUUAACACCACAUCAUUUUAAACCAAAGCAGCAGGUUCAUCACUGUCACUCUGAGAUCUCAUAGAGAUCCCAGAAUGCAUUUCAGACCUUUACUUUCAUGUAUAAGUGAUAUUUAGAUUAGUCUUUACCUAUACAGACCAUAGACUGUAUCUCCUAUGAUCAACUUGGCUCCGCCUCCUGUCAGUAUAUGGGUAUUGAAGCUGAAAAGUUCUCUGUAUUUCCGCGUUUUUAUCUCCACCUCCUGAAACCAACAUUGCGCUGUAGUGUUGUACCCAUUCAGCGGGAGAGUCGCAGAGAGUCGCUGUGAUGACGCUCGGCUCAAACAGCGCAUCCCCCGGGUGAUCUACACAAUCUCUGUAUGCCCAUAGUCUGUAUCAAGUGUCAAUCAUAGAAAACAUGAAACUUUUUUAAAAUGGAGCUGUGCAGAAAAAAAGAGGACUUGAGCACAAACCAGUCUGACAGUAACUACAUGUCACCAUCACAACCAGGGGGGAGAAACAUUUAUAUUCUGUGUCAUUAAUUUAUAGUUUGUCCACAGCUCCAUAAGGAGGCGGGAUUUAUGACCUAUACAGCAGCCUGUCACCAGAAGGCGCUGUUUACGGAGCAAGGAGGCAGAUGGCGUCCGUUCUAUAUACAGUCUAUGGUCAUCAUACGUUUAUGAAACGAUUUGUCUUUUUUCAAAGGUUUUAAAUGUCGGUCACAUGGACCCGUUAAACUCAAAGACAUAAAAACAUAAACCUGCAAAGUUUCAGGAGGUUUCACGAUUUUAUCUGUUUUUUUUGUUUCAUCUCCUGACGCUCAAACUGUGUCGUCAUCUUAGAGUGUCGUUUUGUUUCCAGCUGAUGAAGGUUACUGUGGUGCAUUGUGGGACUUCAGUUUAUAUAAUUCAUACAAUCAUUACUGUUUUAGUAAUUAUAUGAAAUAUUUUAAUACUGUAUCGCUGCAUGGGCGGGUGGGUGAGGGGGGUCUGUGCUUUAUUCUGAAAGGGUGACAGGAAGUUGUAACAUGGAUCACCAAAUAAGUAAAUCAUCUGACAACCACA